AUGAUGCGGCCAAAAGAUUUACGCCAGGGCUCUGGCACCAAAACCUUCCUGGAUGCCAUGCAUGGUGGCAAAGUUCACUUAGCACGCUUUAUUUUGGAUGCCCUGGACGGACGCAUCAUUAACUCCAAGACAGAAAACAGCCGCACCCCCCUCAUGUUUGCUGUGUGUCUGCAGGACCCCGGGGCGAGGGCCAAGUUCACCCGGCUGCUGCUAGAGAAAGGGGCUGAUGUCAACUGCCAGGAUGAUGACGGCCGCACGGCCCUAAGUCAUGCAUGUGAAAUGGGUCACCUUGAUGUGGUCAAGCUGCUUGUGCAGUUCAAUGCUGACCCAGAUGUCUCUGAUGCCUGGGGAAACAGUGCUCUGAUGUACGCUGCCUUUUCUGGACACAGCCAAGUUCUGGAGUUCCUGGUCCGGGCUUUCAAAAGACUGGGACUCAGGCUGGACCGAACCAAUAACGCCGGCCACUCAGCAAUCCAGGUGGCAAACUUCUUUGGACACAACCAGUGUGUCCAGAUCCUGAACUUCCCUUGCAGGAGAAGUGUUGGCAGAGAUGAUCCACUUGUUGAUGCAGGGACCUCAGUCGAGGAGGAGUGCCGGUUACCCAACAAGCUCCCCAGACACGUUCUGGAGAGAUUCUCCAAGCACUUCAACAGCAGUGAAGACCAGCUGCCCGAAGUAUUUCAGAGACAGCUGAAGGUUGGGGACAGCAAUGGUGUCUGGAACCAUGUCAAGUGUCCCAGAAGCCAGUCUCCAGAGGACAGCAACCAUCGCCACCACUGGGCUCUACCGCCUCAGCUAGACAGAAGCCAGACAGAGGGGGAUCACAGUGUUCUCUUCACUGCCAAACAACUCCAAAACUGCCAGCUAAGAGACCUUCGAGGGACUAAAACACUGAACUCCCUGCCCGAACCAAGCCAGAAAGAUGUCAGCCAAGACAUUGGACUUCAACAGAAAACACCAGAGAGUUUUCCUUUCUGGGGAAAAGCAAAGUCGUUUAACCUGGACGUUCUGAACAGCAGAAAGCAGUCCUAUCAGGGUGAUAUGCGUGACAUGAGCCUGUCAGCCAGCAAAUUAAAGAGAGCCUCACUACAGGACGAGAGAUCCCUGUUAGACAAGAUGGAAUGUCAAGGGAACACCCGGGGCCUGACAAACGAUGCUGACAAAACUGUCACCGUGCCAAAACCACUUUUAAAUGGCAAGAGCCAGUCUGUUAAGGCACCCAGGGAGAAUGCCAAAUCACAGAAAGAUGAGACUAACAGCGCAGCUCCAUCAAGCAAGAGAGAGCAACAGAAGAGGGGAAGCAUCCCAGCGACCAGCAGACCCAACAAACUGCUGUUUGCCAGAGGUGAGAUGGAGUCGGGGAAAAUUCCCAGCCGCACCCCGGGGCUCACGGGGCUGGGAACCCGACUGCUGCGACGGUUCACCGCCCCAGAGUUCAUGAGAAUGGUGAAAGACUGUUCGUCCAGCUCCUCACACGGCAGAGGGCGGAUGUCCCGCUCCGAAACCUUCCCGUUCUCUCACACACACCAGCAAGUCAACAGCCAGCCAAGCAUUGACAGCAUCAGUGGAGUGAAGUGUGAGUUUGAAAGCAGCUCCUCUCAGUCUGCCUUCGAUUAG